CCCGAGAUUCUCGAGAUCAUCGCAAUGCUGCACCACUCAGGUGCUAUGCCCUCAUCCAUCUACUCGUACCAGCCACCUAAUGAUCCCAUCUCAUUGUGUCAGCCUCCCACUUUGCAUCUGCUGUCCAAUCAGAUCAUCACCUCUCUGACCGACGCCGCCUGGAGAGCCCACGAGACCAACGUUGUCGAAGAGGCUAAAGAAAGAGGUGGUGUUUAUGAUUCUCUGAGACCCGAGAUACCUGGCUCUAUGUACAAAGUUCAUGUCACCGGACUUGGCCAUGAGAUAUGGCUCGAACUGGUCUUGUGGGCAAUGUUAUAUGGGCGCUUCUACAAACAGGGUGUCAAAAUCCUCACGCGUUUGUCAAAGCUCCUGGAUCACAAUGCCUGGUCCGUCCUGUCUUGGAGAGAGUUGGCUAAUCCCAUUAUUCAGUCUGGACAAGAAAAAUCCAUCAAUUGGGACGAGGUCAAAUAUCUCUUCAACACUGGUAUCUCUGAUACUGAUCAGACCGUCAACAAGAAGAAAGUCCGCAGAACUGUCAGCGCAGAAGUCAUUGCUUCCUUUGUCGAUGCAGCCGUAUCCCAUAUCAGAACCGGUGUUGGCUCCAGAGGCAUGUUGCCUGAAAAUCCUGCUCGUUUCUUGCGAGAGAUGAAGAUCUUCUUCGAGAAGAAUAACAUGAGCCUGGGCUAUACCUCAUGGGAUGCCAUUAUCUUACGCUUUUUCGAGUCAAGAGGUGUUGACUUCGACAAGGAUUCGCAAUUAGCGGGCAGCAUCAGCUCAAUCACCUCCUUAUUUGGCGAUGACAUCUCUACAGUCAACGCUCCUACUCGUGAUCAGCUAUGGCAGCCCACGCCAGCCUAUGUUCUGGACGGUUCUGCCGCUAGUAUCGGUUAUCAUCACCGCCUUCUCAGAGCUCACAUCAAACUCGGCAGUUUAUCUAGUGCUAUGGGCGUGGUUCAAGAUUUGCAACGUCUGACCGACAUAAACAAGGAGAGGUCGAUCCAAGAAUUCUUUUCCAAGCAACAAAAUGUGGCAACGCAUGAUGACAACGAAGAUACAUCUGAGUUCGGCUUCCAAGGCCGCUAUGGUGGCAUUCAUUAUCCCAGCUUCUUUCCUCAGAUACCAGUUCCCAUCCUGGCUGAUCUCAUCAAUCUGGUCGUGGACUCAGGAGCUUCUGAGUUAGGUUCAUGGCUACUUUAUUCCGAGGACUUGGAUGGUCCGAUCGUCCACAGUGGUCUAUACAGUGAUCCUAUUAUGGGCCCACCUCUGAUUAGACUUGCUGCUGUUCUUGCUGACGAGGUUCUCAUGGGCCAAGUCUUGGAGCUUCAAAAAGGUCAAUCGCGUACAGAUCCGCCUGAAGAAGUCUUGAAUCAGAUUUUGGACCAGCAGAUAGAAGCAGGAAAUUGGCCUUUCGUUGAUAAGGCUCUUGAGAGCUUCGCUAGGCUGCGCAACUACAGUAUUAGUACGGAUACGACUGCGACUAUGAUUAAGGCGAUUCUACGCGAGGCGAAAUCUUGUGCUGGUAAUUUAUCAGCUCUCAAGAACUCUGCAUCUGCAAAGGCCUUCCAGAAAAUGUCCAGUUUCCGAGCCAGAGGGUUCGUUCGGGGUCACGACAGACAUGAUACCUUCGAACUCGGAGGUCGUGUUUGGCGUUUGCUUGCGCUUAUCAACGACGACUGGAGAAAAUAUGCCUGGAUGAUCUACCCUAAUAUGGCAGGUAGAAAUUAUGUCAACUUCACACCUAGGGCUUUCAAUAAAAUCCUUAGUGGAGUGGUCGACACAUACGGUUCUACC